AAAUUAUCAGAUUUUAAAUUAUUUUCAUAAAUUUUUCGGAUCCCUAUUCCACAAAUCUUUUAGGAGUUUUGGUUAGGAAAUGUCAGGGUGAUGUUCUGUGAGCAGCCGACUCCAGAGCCGGAAAAAAACAUCUGUCGCUGCAAGAACUGUGUACUCCGUCAUUCCGAUAUUCUUCCCUGGCCAGAGCCGCUUGGAUUGAUGGCUGAACGUGAUGGUGAUAAAGAGGGUAACACCAGUCGACGAGUGUCGAACCGUACAAUUCAGUCGGUGGAUAGCGAUAUGUACCUGCGAGAUGGCAAUGAAAGGCAGCCUGAUAACUACAAAACUCAAUCCAGUAAUCGCAACGAAGUUUUUUCAAAUUAUACCCCACGCCAAGGGGGCCUUUCUCCUAUACUACAUGGGGCCACAUCUCCAAUUUUCAAUAAGAGCCAUAGUCAAACGCGACUGACCACACAGCAACCAGCUCAGCCCCCUCAACCUACCAUCCUUCUGAUUGUGGUGAACAAAAACGAUCCACCUCCAUUUCAAGGAAAUGGUUAUCCGGGAGCAAGUCCUGGAUACCAGGGUCAUGGGCAUGGGGGAUAUCAGGGCCAAGGAUAUAUGGGGUAUCAAGGUCCUGGACCUAGGGGAUAUCCAGGUCCGAGAGGAGGACCUCCUGGCAAUUAUUAUCCACCAUCCAGACCUGACUAUGGAGCUGGGACCAGCGGGAGACCAAGACUUAACUAUGACCCGAAUCAUGUUCGCUACAAUAGCCGUCGAUAUAGCGAUGGCGUUCGAAAUAGCCGAAAUCGAUACCAGGAUGAGUGGAGGGCACAGUCAAGACGAAACUCAAAUAAUGUCUACGCCGACCAGUCGCGUAUACCUCGUCAACCUGAACCCCAACGCAAUUGCCGAUGCCCCGCUCCCGAGAUGUUUCAAAAUAAAAGUCCGAUUACUCCUCAAAACACUGAUGAUAUCAUCCCCGAACAUCUUAAUGAACACACCACUAAGAAGAGCAGGCAGCGCCUGAUAGGCAGAGGAUGCAAUUGUCGAGGAUCUAGCCCAAUGGAAAAUGAUUUGAGACCUCCCAGAACUGAAUUCGGAAAUUCAGGAAUAGACAGAAAUAAAGAUAUAAACGCACAUCCCAACAAUAUGGAAUAUUUUUCGAAAAUUAAAAGCCCGGAUAUGCAGGAAGUAAUUGUGACUGAUGCCAAGAACAAGACAUACAAAUGCAUACAAGUGCCCAUUUGCAUAUCAACUGGAAAAUUGGAUACCUGUCGCUGUUGUAAAUGUGCUUCCGCUUCGGAACCAGAGAAGGAAGAAUCGUUCGCAGAGGAGGCGGAGUGUACCUGCAAUCGUCAGGGUAAAUGCACCUGUGUACCAAACAAAGCAUUUCCCGAAAAUCUCGGCUGCGAGUGCGAUCUGACUAAUUUGGAGCAAACUCUUCGAGACCUUAUACCGAACACCGAUUGCAUAUGCUACUUAAAGAAAAAACGACGCAGAAAACGUAAGAAGUGGGCUCCUAAAGUUUAUUAUGACCGGUUUGCCAAUCCUCCUUUUGUCAUUAAUCCGAAACCCAGAUGCCUAGAGUAUGGCUGCAGCCCUUGCCGUUAUCCUUACUGCAAUUCUUGCUGCUGUGCACCGGUUCCAAAAAGCUGUUACACCUAUGACUACGGCUGUGGAGGUUGUUGUAGGUAACAUCUACAAUAUUAACAAAAUUACACAACAAGUUGGAAGUCCACCGAUUGCAGACUAUCUUAGCGGAUCCUCAAUAUAUUGUCAGCUAAUGACAGAAACCUUAAGAAGAUUUUUCUGACAUUAUUUGACAAUUUUUGAGAGAAAGCAAACGAAAACACUAUUAUAUUCUUAAUUGAUCUGGAUCAUAUUAUGACUACACCUAUUGAUACAUCUUAAACCUUAAUAAACGGAAAAACAUUUCGAAUUAAUGUUUAUUAUGACAAAAUCUUUAAAUUUAC